AUGAGUUCUUCAACUAAAGAACUAACUUAUCAUGUAGUUCUAUUCCCAUUCAUGGCAAAAGGCCAUACGAUCCCUAUCUUACACCUAGCCCGUCUUCUUCUCCAUCGUCAGAUUUCUGUUACAAUUUUUACAACUCCAGCCAAUCUCCCCUUCAUUUCUCAAUCUUUAUCCGACACAAAGGCAUCCAUUAUUGACCUAUCGUUUCCAAAUAAUGUCCCUGAAUUACCUACAGGCAUUGAAAGCACUGAUAAGCUUCCUUCCAUGUUGCUAUGGCCUUCAUUUGUUCUUUCAACCAAGCUCAUGCAACCCGAUUUCGAGCAUGCGCUUGAGAAUCUCCCACCGGUGAAUUUUAUGGUAUCUGAUGGAUUCCUGUGGUGGACUCUUGAAUCUGCGAAAAUGUUCGGAUUUCCAAGAUUCGUGUUCUUUGGCAUGUCGAAUUACGCUAUGUGUAUUGGAAAAGCUGUUCAUGAGAAUAGUCUUCUAUUUGGACCGGAAUCGGAAGAAGAUUUGAUUACAGUCACUCCAUUUCCAUGGAUAAAGAUCACCAAAUCCGACUUUGAACCGGCUUUCUCCGAUCCGGAAUCAAAAGUUUCGUUCGUUCAGCUUAAUGUUUUAGUAUUUACAGCUGCAUUUGCUAGUUCUGGUUAUAUAAUGAACAGUUUCUAUGAGCUUGAGCAUGUGUUUGUUGAGUAUUGGAAUAAUCAUGGAGAUCAAUUGCCAAAAGCAUGGUGCAUUGGACCUUUAUGCUUAGUUGAUCAUCGUCAACCUAGGGUUAGACAUCAAAAUAACAAGAAACCAAGUUGGAUUCAGUGGCUAGACAAGAAUUUAGAGCAUGAAAAACCAGUUUUAUACAUAGCAUUCGGGACUCAAACAGAAAUUUCAUUACACCAAUUGAAGGAGAUAGCAAUCGGAUUGGAACAAUCCAAUAUCAACUUUUUAUGGGUGAUACGAGAUACGAAAUUUAAUUUAGAAGCAUUUGAAGAUAGGGUUAAAGAUAGGGGAAUAAUAGUGAAAGAAUGGGUUGAUCAAAAGGAGAUACUAAUGCACAAGAGUGUGUUAGGGUUUCUGAGUCACUGUGGUUGGAACUCGGUAUUAGAAAGUAUAUGUGAAGGUGUACCGAUUCUUGCAUGGCCCAUGAUUGCUGAACAGCCUUUGAAUGCAAGAAUGGUGGUGGAGGAGAUCAAAGUAGGGCUGAGAGUGGAGACGUGUGACGGUUCGGUUAGAGGGUUUGUGAGAUCGGAGGGUUUGAAGAACAUGGUGAAAGAAUUAAUGGAAGGAGAAAUGGGAAAGAAAGUGAGGAAGAAAGUGAAAGAAGUUGCAGAAAUGGCUAAGAAAGCUAUGGAAGAUGAGACUGGAUCCUCUCGGCAAUUGUUUGAUUUGCUCAUCCAGAAUCAGAACAGGCCAUAA